AUGGCAGGCAUAGACGGUGACACAAUUGUUCGAUUACCAGGAGGACGAGUCCAGGGCUUCCUCACAGAUGACGGAGAGGUCUUUCGAGCGCGAGGGGUCAGAUACGCCACGGCCGAACGGUUCCGGGAAUCUCGUCUCGUUGACCGCUGGGACGAUGUCUGGGACUGCACCAAACCGGCGGUGCUCAGCCCGCAAUUGCCAUCACGUCUGGCCGUGGUGGUUGGAGACAUCCAGGGCACCAGGCCACAGUCGGAGGACUGCCUGCACGUUUCCAUCGCCGCCCCGGCCAGUGCGGUGGGAUCCGCGGGGAAGAGUACGGGGGGAGCGUUGCCCGUCAUGGUCUUCUUCCACGGCGGCGCCUACGUGUCCGGCGGUGGCGACCUGGAUUGCUACGACGGCACGCCGUUGGCACGGCGAGGGGUCGUGGUGGUCAACGUGACUUACCGCUUGGGCGUCCUGGGUUAUUACCCCGUGGGCGACGACGGUGUCGCUUCGCCCAACCUCGGCCUGUCGGAUCAGAUCACGGCUCUCAAAUGGGUGCAGACGAACAUUCCCUGUUUCGGUGGGGAUGCCGGAAACGUCACCCUCUUUGGACAGUCGGCGGGUGGCGACUCGAUCUUCUCCAUGUUGCUCCUCGACGAAACUCAGGAUCUUUUCCAUCGGGCCAUCUUACAGAGCGCGCCGUUUGGGGAGAGAACCAAGCCCUUUGCGGAGCGGCAGAAGAUGGAAAAGCGGAUGGGCGAGGCAAUGAUUGAAUCCCUUGCCGGUCAAAACAUCAAGGAUAUACCGUUUGAAGAGGUGCUCAAGACGCCACAGGUCAAGGCUGCGAUGGCGGCCAAAGAAUUUCCGACGGGCGUUAUGCCGUUCGCACCGUCGUUCUAUCGCCGCCCCUAUGAAGGAACCAUCACCCAGGCGAUGAGCAGCCUCGACGACGUCAGUCGGAUCCGCAAACCCGUCCUGAUAUCUUACACCCGAGACGACGGGGCGAUAUUCGCCAGGAUGGACGGUUGGUUGGGUCCGCUCUUGAAAAUCCCUCUCCUCGGGCGCGUCGCUUUGUCCUUCAAGGAGUGGUUGUACACGGGACAGAUAUUCGGGUGGGGAAGUGAAAAGAUGUACAGCAAGAUUUCCGACGCGGGGGGGAAUGCGGCUCUGGUGUACUUUUCACACAGGUUCCAGUACGGUUUGGGUGCCGCCCACUGUAUAUGCCUUCCCUACCUGCUGGGGUCGUGGUCGGCUUGGGAACGUGCACCUAUGCUCCAGGGCCCGAAUGCGAAGGACAUCGUCGCCCGCGUCGGGCCUGAAGUUCGUAAGCUGUGGGUUGCUUUUGCCAGCGGCUCGAACUUACAGGGGAAACGCUUCGAGAUCAAUGAUUCUUUUCGGUUCGAGUGA